AUGCCGACGCAGAGCAUACCGAUGCAGACAAGUCAGAACAACUUGCAGCCGAACCAACAACCGCAAACAGUCACUCAACAAUUGCAGACUAGCCCCGUCACAUUCCCGGCGAAUCCGCAAGAUACCUACAAGCCGUUCUACCAGCUUCACCAAGCGGACAUCGUUUUCGCGAAUCAGCAAUACAUACCGAACGCUUUACCUGCGAGGAACCCGUAUCAACCGACCCACCAAAUUCUCGCUGCACCACCUGUAGCGCAAACACAGCCGAACUACGGUCAAUUGCCCCAGAGCGUCGUCGAGCAGAUUCGCGGCGCCGUAAGCAAUGCAGCCCCCAUAUUCAUCUUACCAAGUGGUUGUCAUCAGUCUGCAAGUCACCAGCAGCAACUUGCGUAUCCGUCGAAUCAAGGAGGCGUAUCCGCACCGACUGGACUGACGACAAGCUUCAAUUACCCGCCGUCAAUCUAUUGUCCACCCUCGUUCGUACCCUAUCCCAUUCCAUUGCCGCUUUACGAACCGUUCACCGGUCUAGUGCGCGGCAAGGAAAAGUCACAGGGUUGCGGAUGCUGCCAGCGCGGACAGGAAUCUUUGGAAUCAAGGAAUCAUCUGGCGAAUCCUUAUUGGAAUGCCAGCGAUUCCGAAGAGCACCGGUGCACAGCGACCAACGACGACACCGUCUGUUCGAAACGUAAUUGUCCGGCCUCCAUCAGCCUGCAAGUUUUGGUCUCGCAAUUCUUAGGACUGCAGGGGAUCAUACCGUGCGCAGCCACGCGGCUGAUCCUGCGGAAAGUCCCAGGCUCGAAUAUCGUCUGCACUAUAGAAGAGACGAUGGAGAAAGCGCAGAGAGCCAUCGGACUACUGACUAAGGAUCAACUGCUGACGGAGUCCAGGAAUGCUCAACAAGUGAACGCGCUGAUUAAUCUGCAUGUGACCACCAAUUUACCGGCUAGUAUCAUACCCUUGCUGACCCUAGUGCAGCUGAAGGUGAACAUUCUGAAGGCGCAGGUCGAGAGCUUGGUGAACAAGAGGGUGAUGGAGUGCCAGGGAUACGGGUUCGAGGUAGAGACUAGCAAGCCGAUAGAUCCUGCGAUUCUCGCCACAAAAACCGACGCAGAGCUCAGACAGCUGUUGAACGCCCUCAAACAGAAAGAGUGCGACGAAAGGGUAAACGCCAACUUCGCCCCGUACCAUUCCCAGCGAGUAAUCGCCGAAUCGCGUUUGAACAACGUUCAAGCAAAGAUUCGACAGGUGGAAGCCGAAUUCGACAACCGAAGGAACAUCCUAGUGCCACCGCCUACCAUGACCUCGAGAAUCAUACAGCAGUUCUCGGAGUCCCGUUGCACCUUCGGCUACGCCCCGGCAAAGUUGUUUGAACCAUGCAUUACUCCAGAUUCUCCAGACCCGUUUACAGCAGCAAUUCGCAACCCUAAGAAAUUGUAUAUCAAGCCCCGGCAAGAUGAACCUCCAGUGACAAAACAGGAAAAUCAGAAUAAAGGAACCAGUACUUCUGAAGAAGCAUCCGCAUGCAAGGACACCGGCACUGGAGAGGGAAACGUGCAGUGCCCCUCGAAAGAUCAGUCCGUGGAUGGGCGUUGGGACACCUGCAGCUGCGACGGCACUUCAUCGGAGGAUAGUUUGGAUGCGGACAAAAAAAAACUUCGACCGGAGAUUGACCGGGCUGAAGCUAUAAGCAUCAUUAGGACACUGAUCAUUAAGGAGGAUCCGUGUAAGAUCGAAGAUGAUUCUGAUCAUUUGAAUAUUGAGGAUGUCGAAUAUCAAACACAGUGCGAGGGUUGCGAGAGUCUAGAAGAAGGUGAUCAAGAGAAAAGCAAUGCAGAAUCGAUUAAAGACACUGAGAAGGAUGAUAGAGGAUUGACAAAAGCAAACGAGGACUUAGAAAUGGUAGAGUUGCAGGGUGAAUCGAAAGCAAUGGCAGACAAGAAUGUUAGAGUAGAAGUUGACGAAAAUGGCAGACUCCAGGAAGAACGUGUAGUCUCGGAGACAACUGAAGAUUCAAAGACAGUGGAAGAAAAAGAGUCCCAGGACGCUUCCAAAAAUCAAGAAAUGGGGAGAAAAGGAUUGGUAAAUAUACGCGUGAUCAAGGCAGCCAGAAUUUCCGGUUUUGCUAGAAGUCUCGGUGGACUUAAAUCGAAAAUUGGGAAGGGAAGUAACGCGCAGCGAUCACAAAAGGACGUCACGAACAAUGACAACUCCGGUUCGAAUAACUUGGAUGGAAUUAAUUUUGGGAACGAUAAGACGGGACAGAAAAAUGAGAAUAAGGAAAAUGUACAGAUCGUCUCGAUAAUGACGAAUAUUAAGUACGACAGAAGCGAUUUUGGAAGAUGGAGAAUAAUGAACGAAAAAAGGAAGGCUACGGUUAAUUCUGUGAAUGAAGUUUCAGAAAAUACCAAACUAGGAAAUUUAAAAAAUCAAAAUUAUGCGUGUCUUUUUGCGGAGAGAAUCAAUUCUUCAAUGUUAUCUGAUACGAACGAUGAAACUAAACAUGAGAUCGAAUUAAACGCACAAAUGAAAUUAUUAACUGAAAAGCAGUCAAUGUUUAUGAAAGAUCCUAAUGGUCAUGACAACAAUGUCAUUGAAGAGUUCACGAAUUUUCCGCCAUUGAAACAAGCAACGUCAAUUGUGAAAACAUCAGGUGAUGUCUCACGAAAUUUUUACCGUCGGAAGGAAACUGAAGCAGACUCCAAGAAAAUUAUUUGCGACAGGAGCACUUCCGAUCACCAAAAUAGAGACUCUAGGAACAGUGUCGCUUCCGUGCUUUGUUCCAUGAUUGGAAAUCGGUUAGAUCGUUUUGGCUCGCUGCUGGAUAAUAUACCGAACUUACAAACUAUGUUCUCGCAUUUGUACUCCAAUAAAUUAUGGAGCGUUAACGGCGAUGUUGCCCCGAGUCGAAGCUACGUGAAAACAAAUAAAACAAUGAUUACCGGAAAAGACGACUGGAUUUUACUUCCGACAGAUAUAGAUCGUGAAAUCGGUAAACAAAAUAAUUCUCGGGAAAACUGUAUUCUCAUGGGCAACAAGCUGUACAAAGUACGUAAAAUAAAACAUUCGAUAAUUAGAAACAAAGGAAACAAAAGUUAUGUGUUAAUUGGAGGAUCAAUUUGCGAACAAUCGCGAGAAUUGUCAAGGAAAGGGUUCACUCGACCGUCAAAAGUUCGCAGAAGUCUCGUGAUUAGAAGUCAACUGAAACAUCCGGAACGUUCUCAACAAGAUCGUCCGUCACCUUUUGUAGCGUUCAAAACAUUCAAAGUGAACAAAAGAUCUGUAUCUUUAAAAUUGAGACAAUCAGAACGUUAUUUAGAGUCUAACAACAAAUUUUAUUGUUCGUCUGAUAAUUUGGAAUGCAUAAAAGCACUAAAAUCGAUUACCCCGAUUGACCUCAGUAAGGAUAGUUUUAAUAGUAGUAGACAAAAUGAAAUAAGUAUCAAACAAAAAAUAUCAAAUGUUCCUUCAUCAUUAAAUGUUGAAAAUGCUGCUGUUGUUCAGCACGAGGUGAUUUCGAAAGAACAUUUGGUAUUCGAAAACGAGAAGGUAAUGAGUGUACAGAACUAUAUUACUAGACAACAAUAA